CUGAUCCAUGUCUUAAAAAAAUGGAGUUCGUCCAGUUUCUUAGAAAGCCAGGAAGAGGUCCGCAUAUCAGGAUUUCAGAGUUUUGACUGUGAGCGAGAGAUUCAAAUCCUUGAGCGCGACAUACGACAGCAAAAAGAGUCGAGCGUAAAUGCCAAGACUGCAAUCACCUUCGAGCAACUGAGGAAAAUUCACAAUUUGGGUAAAUUCCUCGGACCCCAAAAGGAGAUGUUCUUCGACAGGAUUUGCAGAGCUGCAGAUAUUCAACGAGCUUCUUUGAAAAAUCGUCUCAAACAAAAUAAAGAGAAAUUUGAGCCGCCAAGUAUGCUGGGCUCUUAUCGGCAAGGGUACCAAGAUGCUCCAGUUCCGAAUGAUGGGACACCUCUGUUAACGGCUCAUUGGCAACAACUAGGACAACUCAGUACUCCGCGAACGCCGUCAUCGUCGACGGCCGAAAUGACGCUACUCCGCCCAGGCAGUGUGUCCGAGGAAGAGAUGAAACUUCCAGCAGAACGAUCUCUAGAUCUCAUGCAACUCGGAUUUUCUUUUGAUGAAGUUAAGCAGGUAUCUUUGAACAUCGAUCAUCGAAAGCUAGAUGUUUCGGCUACAAUAGUUAUAUUGGGGAGCGUCUGUACGCCACGAACCCACCUUUUAACU